AUGGACGACGCAGACGAAACCAUGACAACCUCAACCUCCUCCACGCCCUCUCAACUCCAGGACACCACUCUCGGCGACGAAGCCUUUGAAAGCGACCUUCCGCCCGCACGUCCUCAGGCACAAGAUUCCAACCGUGCUCUAACGCCUGCAAACGACCACCUGAACGCCGCCGCUCCAGGGGAACUUUCCCCGCCUCGAAUUCAACCCACCCAAGCUGAAUACACAGCCGCUCUACUUCCAGAUCCUGCACCCACCUCAGGGGCAAUGGCAAACGGCACGGCAACACGUAGCUCAGCCAGACAAGCGAACAUGCAACCUAAAUCUGGGGCAGCAGGGGACAUGGCAGCCUUCCCUGCGUUGGCUGGUACGACUAACGAGAAGGACAUUGCUAAUCAGCCUGGUGGGGGUUGGAAGAACAAGAAGGCGCAGGAAGAUAUGCACCGUGCUUGGGACAAUAUUGUCGAUCGGGACUUCAACCUUAAGGAGUAUGGAGAUGUCAUGAUGCAAGGCAAGGCGCAGAGAGCUGGCGUAUAG